CCGCCCCGCAGCGGCAGAGGGCGGGCGGAGCCGGAGCGGAGCCGGAGCGGAGCCGGAGCGGGAGCGAAGCGGAGCAAAGCGGAGCGGCGGCCGGGCGGUGCGGGGAGCAUGGCCCCGGCGGGGCGGCUGUGCGCAGCGCUGCUCUGCGGUGCCCUCAGCCUGUGCAGCCUGCGGGCGGCGGGGCGGCAGCCCGACACGCUGUACCUGUGGAUCGAGGCGCAGCAAGCCCGGGUCCUCAUCGGCUUCGAGGAGGACAUCCUGAUCGUGUCCGAGGGGAAGAUGGCCCCGUUCACUCACGACUUCAGGAAAGCCCAGCAGAGGAUGCCCGCCAUCCCCGUCAACAUCCACGCCAUGAACUUCACCUGGCAGGCGACGGGACGGGUAGGUGCGGAGCCGGGACGCGGAGCCGGGCAGGUGCUGCACCUCCCCCUGGGGAAGCCCCUCCGGGGCGCCCCAUUGCGCCCCAUUGCACCCCACUGCUCCCCAAGCCGUGCCGCAGACAGGCAGCCCCAG